GAGCUGUAGAGAAGAUGUUACGUUGCCACUCUGAGUGCCCUCUGUCUGUGUAAUGGUGUGUAUACUGUAACUGAGCAUGUGUGUGUCCUUCUCUCUCUGUGUGACCCAGGUCAUGAGACUAAAGCCAUGAUGAACAACAGCGGGCCGCGGUACAAGCGCAGCCAGCUGGAGAGGCACCUGAACACCGUGGUGCUGUGGUGUGUGCUGCUGCUCUUCAUCAUGUGUCUCACUGCUGCUAUAGGUCACGGCCUCUGGCUAAAGAACCUCAAAGACCCGGUCUUUAAGGUGGAUACGGAGACUUCUCCCGCCCUGGCUGGAUUCUAUGUCUUCUGGACUAUGAUCAUUGUGCUGCAGGUACACACGUUACCAUUUCACCAGAAACAAUUACAUUUUAAAAAUCUUAUUAAAGACUCUUGUUAGCUGCAAGUAAGUGUUGAUUUCCAGAUGUGUUGGUCACAGCAAACACAUUUUUGGUUAAAUGCCAAAAAUAAGGUCUGUGGUUAACACAAACUGAAGAGAUUGUAACGUUUUGUUCUGCAAAAGAAAAUAUGUCAGUAAAUACCCCAGUGAUAAAAGCGGUUGUUCACAAGUGACUAAAUGAGACGACUAAACUUCAUAGUGUCG